AAAAUUUAUUAAUUUGGUUCAGUUCAACAGUUCAAGGAUAUUAUUUCAGUGAAUUAGAAUUAUUUGUUUACAUUUUGAAAUUACUAUCAUUAACAUUCAUUUAUUGAUUAGAGAAAAACAAAGUGAUCGAAGAAAUUCAAAGACAAACCAUAACACCAGCUAACCAUAAUGAGUGUCAAGGGAUUCUUUAAAAAUGUUCUUAACCCUGAUGGAAAAACUGAAGAGCAGGAAGUGACAGCUUCUGGGGCAGCAGCAGCUGGAAUGAGUAACUUUCUGUCAGGCACAUCGAAAUUUUUGGAUUCUGUACAAACAAAAAAGAAUGGAUUGAUCAAUGACUUAUCCAGUAAACUGACUUCAUUCAAGAUACCUGGUGAUCAGUCAACCAAUGAGAAUGUGAAAAAAACGAAGAAAGUUAGAGAUCCUGAUGCUGAAGAUGAUGAUGACAGUUCUGCCAGUGAGUAUGGAGAUGAUGGUGAUCGCCCAAUGUAUGCUGAAGUAGCACCCGUAGAACGACAAGUAUCAGUUGAAAGUGUUGAUAGUCUACCGGAUGAUGAAGCUGAAAGACGUAAAGCAGAUAUUCGCGCCUUAGUCUCCAAUCUACUACAACAAAGCUUGAUUAACGAGAAAGUGGUGAAAGAUUUCCGCAAUUUCAUUAUGAGACACAGUGGUCGUUCAAGAUUUGCCAAAGAAUUGAAAUCUCAGACCAAGGGAAUGAAAGCGGUUUCCAAUCAAAUUCUUGAACAGUUGGCCUUAUUCAUUGGACCAUUGUUGAAUCAAUGUAACGAAAAUGAAGACUAUGCACCAGCAUACAUAAUUAUGCAAUUAAGUUUUACUCUAUACCAUGAAAGUGUUUCUUCCAAUGAAAUUGGUGAACAAAAGUAUCUUUAUGUUUCAUUGAAAGAUCAGGUGAUAUGGCAAUCAAUGCGAUUUUGGAAUGCUGCAUUUUUUAUUGCACUACAAAAAGAACGUGCUGAACGUCAAGCGUAUAUAGUUCAUGAAGGUGAAGAUACAAUGAAGGUGGAAAUGAAUUUUCAAAAUGACAUCGCCUACACUCAGUUAAGCAAAUUUCUCUGGCGCAUGUACACACUUGGAAUAGGACAUGAAGUGUGCUUGGAUUUUCUGCGCAAACAAGCCAGUGCGACAAAUUUACCUGCUGAAAUGGUGAAGACGAUUCAGAGAAAUGUUCAACAUUGCUUUGAAACAUCUGAUCAUAAUCAAAUUGAAUCUUAUCGACGGUAGACAUAAGAUUGAUAAAUAAAUCAAAUACCUAUUAUAUUUAUUUAAUGAUUUUCAUUCCUAAAGCAUACUGUUAUAACUAACUAUGAAGGUUUUAUUUUGUGUACUACUCACGCUGAUUAUCUAUUCAUAACUAAAAGUUGGAGAAAAUCUUUCUGUUUAUCUAUCUAUGUUUAAUGGACACUUAUAUUUCUGUUCAUCUUUUGUGUUUCUUCCGGCUACAACUUUGCUUUAUCACUGAUCCAUGUUGACUAUUUAUUUGUUUACGUUUAUUCAAAUUGUUUUCAGAACUAAUCUCAUCAGUUAAUCGAUCUGUCUGUCUAUGUGAGUGUGUGUGUGUGUGUUUGUGUAUGUGUCCCAUUCCACAUGUGGUUUGAUUUUGUUUUGUGACAAGUUUAUAUUUUCGCUUAAUGAUCUCAUGUGAUUAUAUUUUGCUUUGUUCUGUAAGUUUUGUCAUCGAAUUGUUCAUUUGUCAAUAGAUGGAAUUCAUGAAUAAGAAUGUCAUAUUUCUUGUUUGCUUGAAUGUUUUGAAAGAAAAUCCAACACCAAAUGUUAACCUGGAGUUGUAUAUUCUUUAAUCAUUA